CCCAAACCAGUCGUACCACCUGCGUUUGUUCCCAAUCAAUUACCCCCCGACUCCAAAAUGUCUGUCGUUUCGCUCCUCGGUGUCGAAGUUAAGAACAACCCCGCGCGCUUUGACGAGCCAUACGAGUUUGAGAUCACCUUCGAGUGUCUUGAGCAACUACAGAAGGACCUCGAGUGGAAGUUGACCUACGUUGGCUCCGCGACCUCAAACGAGUACGAUCAAGAACUCGACUCUGUCCUCGUCGGUCCUCUCCCGGUUGGCGUCAACAAGUUCCAAUUCAAGGCCGACCCUCCCAACCUGUCGCGCAUUCCCAACAGCGAGAUCAUCGGUGUCACAGUCAUUCUGCUCAGCUGCAGCUAUGAUGAGCGCGAGUUCGUGCGUGUCGGAUACUAUGUGAACAACGAGUACACAGACGAGGCGCUGGCACUCGACCCGCCUACCAAGCCCGUCAUCGAGAAGGUGCAGAGGCAGAUUCUUGCAGAGAAGCCACGAGUCACGCGCUUUGCCAUCAAGUGGGACUCCGACGAGUCUGCACCUCCUGAGUUCCCCCCUGAGCAGCCAGAGGCCGACCUCACCGCAGACGGAGACCAAUACGGUAUCGAGGAAGAAGAGGAGGAAGAGGAAGAGGGUGAGGGUGCUGCCGCUGAGGGCGAGGAUGCUGCCAUGGCAGGCGCCGAGGACACUGCAGGCCCCGCCAACGAUGAGGAUGCCGAGUCUGAGGCCGGCAGCGAGGAGAUUGACAUUGAAGAUUCAGAAGACGAUGAGGAGGAGGAGGGCGAGGAGGGCGGCGACGAUGACAUGGAGAUGGAUGAGGGUGAGGCAGGCGCCGCCAACGGUGACAAGCCAGCCCAACAACAGCCCGGAGGUGCCCCGCAGCAACAGUCUGGUGCGGACGUGAUGGUCCACUAGAUGUGCCUCUAUCCUUGUUGCUUGCAUACUUCAUCAUCGCGGAUGCCUCGAGCAGUAAGCGAUCUCCGCCGCCUUGUGGUUUCAUUCCAGAUAUGUAUACAGUAGCUGCAGUGUCGCUCUGUCAACACGACUUUGUCUUCGUCUUAUCACGAAGGAGUUGAAUUACGAAUACCCUG